AUGUUGCCGACACCGGUGUCGCUGCCCACACCAAUCGCCGUGCAGGCGCCGGGCCUCACCAGUCCGACUACAGAGAAAAGCGUGGCGUUGCCGACCUUUUCCCUGUCGGUAGGCGCCCCGCCUUCGGGCGAAGCUGGCUCCAGGGGCACUUGGUGCGGCGUGCCGAGGUCGGCGUCUUCGACCACUCCGCUCUCGCAGCACACGCCGAGCGCCGCGCAGUCUCCGGUCAUCACCAGUACGAGCAGGCAAUGGCAGGCGCGCCAGCACAAGGUGCUCCACGGUCUCCGAGAAAUGGCUCAAAGCGCACUUCAGCUGCCCGGCGCCCUGUCACAGCGCUCUGGCGAUCAGCUUGACAAGGUUGCGAAGCAGUCGCCGGGCGUAACUGUCCCGCUUUGCUUGAUGCUCAUUAUGGUGCUGGUAGCGGCGCUGGUCGUAUUGCGGCUUCUGUGGUCCUCGGCUGGGCUAGUGCGUCGCGGCCAACGCUGCGAGACUUACGCGUGCCGCGAACACGCGUCCCAACUGGGCGCCCACCGUGAACGCGAGCCCACGGCUGAACCCUGUGAGGACUUCGGACGCUUCGUGUGUUCUGGCUGGCCCCGCAAAUACGAGAUUGCGCAGUCUGUGCGUGAGCAGGCGAUAAUUGAGUGGAUGAACCGAGUCGGCGAUCCAGCACGCUCGUAUCCGUCGGACGUCAACAAGACGCGGUCCGUUACCUACCGGGCCCUGGCCAUGGUUUCCGCGUGCAUGAAGCCCGACAAGCUCGAGGACACAGACAUUAUGGUGAAUUUCAUGCGGACCCAGGGCUUCGCGUUUCCCGACGAACAAUGGCAGCUGAAGCGAGCCAGCUACCGCGAGCAGCUGCGCACGCUUGCUGUGCUGGCCGUCCACUGGAGGUUGCCACUCUGGUUCGACCUGAAGCUCGUGACGUCAUCCCGAGGACCAGGCGAAACCAAGGGAACGCGAAUCAUCUAUGUGACGCCGUCGAGCCUGGCCUACAUAUUCAACCGGAUGCAUGUUCGUUUGAUAAAAGAGGCCGUGCACGGCAGGUACGCCCGGAUAGUGUCCUCGGCGGUGUUCAACAACGAGACUUGGCAAGGCGGUCUCUUGGAGCGAAGCAUGUACGUCCAGUCGAGCAUUCUGGGCAACCUGAGCAACGCGGCCGUAGAAACGACGCACUCUACGGCGGAGCCGUGGUUGGGUGACGUGAAGCACCUGGCCAGAUUUGUGACUCAGCUGGACCCGGACGACUGGCGGUACGCUUUCCAGUCCGCCUUUGGCGCCGCUGGCUCACCGCCCAUUAGUUUGGACGACCCGGUCUUCGUCAGCGACGUCAGGCUCCUCGACACCAUCGAAUCGCUCUUGGCGGCGCACUCGCCCUCAGACAUUGCUGCCCACACGAGCUGGUGGUUUGCCCAGGUUCUGUCUCCCUUGGCGUACCAGGUUGUAAUGGACUCCGUGCGCUCUACCGAGUUCCUCGGCGCCAUGGUGCACGUGAUUAUGUGCGCCAUGCAGGUCGAGUCCGUGUACAACGUGCUUCUCGCCGUGCUCGAGCGCAACCGCCUGACGACGGAGACGCGCACUUCGCUCGUGCUGCUCUUCGAGCGACUGCGCAGUGUGGCGAUCACGAAGGUCGCCUCCUCGUGCAGGCUCGACGGCGAUGCGCGAGCCGCAUUUGCCGAAGUCGCUGAGGCAGCGCAAGCCGUCUUCUGGCCCGAAGAGAGCAGCGAUGGCCGCAGCGAGGAUGUGCUGUUGCGGGACCUGUACGGCGACGCCGAGCCCCGCUCUGACGACGACUUCGUGCAGCGUUGGCUGUCCAGUCGCCGCGCCCUGCGCCAUUCUCUCGGCACGGCGGCCGGCGACAUUGCGACGCGCGUCUUCAGCGCCGAUUACGUCAGCAUGGCGUCGCACGACCCCUUCAGGCGGCUGGUCUCGCUGUGGACGGCCGCGCUGGAGCCGCCCUACCACGCCGAGGGCGGCACCAGUGCCAUGCGCUUCGGGGGCCUCGGAUUCCUCCUCGCCAGGGAGCUGUUUCGGCUCGCCGACGUGGUAGCGGCAACCAGCGUCAACGACAGCAGCGUGACGAGACCUUGGAGUCUGUGGGAAAACGAAGGCGACAACUCGUCAGCGCCGGCUGCGGAGUGCCUCGAAGAAGGCGUCUUUCCGGACCUCCCUGCGCUGGAGACUGCCUACGAAGCAUACCUCCAGAAUCGCAGGGAUGAAUACGACGCGCCGCUCUCUGACCUGGACAUCUACACGCCAGAGCAAGUGUUCUUCAUGACCGCCUGUCAUACAUUCUGUCGGGUCGACCGUGACGGCGCUUACGUGCCUGACCGUUGCACCGUAAUCAUGAAGAACUUCAGGCCUUUUGCGGCGGCUUUCAACUGCGUAUACGGGUCUCCAAUGUACCCCUCUAAGCGCUGCCAGUUCUUCUGA